AUGAAUCCGAUUGCCCGGGUGGGGCGUACAAUUAAGCAAUACAGGCCCAUGUCAGUAAACAACGCGAUUGUACGAACCGAGCCACCCGGUGGAGGGGCCGUGACUGACCACCGAAACAGAGACGAUGAGCAGGCCAUCCUGGACCUGGCCGCGGGCGACGAGUCCGUGCUGGAGGCCAUUUCGAACGACAAAUUCGCCCAACGCAUCUACUCAUUAGCCGUUUCGAUCCUGAAGGAUGAUGCGCUGGCCGAAGACGCCGUACAGGACGUGUUCACCAACAUCUGGCUGAAGUCGGCCAGCUAUCGACCGGAGAUGUCGGCUCCCGGCACUUGGAUAAUGUCGGUAGCGCAUCACAAAAUCGUGGACAUCUACCGUUCGCGACGGCGCACGACUGACCACACGAUCCCCGCCGAGGCGGAGGUUAUCCACCGCAUUCCGGAUCCAGCGCUGAGCGUGGAACAGCAGGUGGAACGAAAUUUCAACGCCCAACUGGUGCGGGCCGCGCUGGCCGAAUUACCGCCCGAGCAGAGCCGGCCGCUCGUGCUGUCGGCGUGGCACGGAUACAGCCAGUCCGAAAUUGCGACCUUGCUCAACCAGCCGCUGGGCACGGUGAAGACCAGAAUGCGCCUGGGAAUGCAGAAGCUCAAGGCGGCGUUGGAACAAUAUGUGGCCUGA